AAAAAAAAAAGUACAAGAAAAUAAUUCAAAUCAGUGCAUUUUACCUCCUAAACAAUAAAUGAAAUGAAAUGGACCAUCUGCUUCAUCUUUUUUUAGCCUGUCAUACACAUACAAUAUGUGACUCUGGGGUACUGCAGUGAUUUUUCAUCAUUUACAGGUUAAUAUGAAUGCUCUUCACUAUUCUGAAGUCAUUCCAGUCUCAUGAUAGCAAAUUAUUGAAACAGUGAUUUAUUUUUUAAAAAAAUGUUCUGCUUUUACUCAUUAUCUAGUACAAUAAAGGCUAGAACAUUCUGGAUGAGACUGUAGAUGCAGUGGCAAUAUAAAUUAACAAUAGGAGUUGUAAAUGAAUUUUAUGUAUUACUAUGGGCUUUUUCAAGAGUUUACGUUAGAUAAAUAUUUAGCAGAUCUUGCUUAAGUAAAGCUAUCUUCUCAGCAGCUUCCUCUGCUCAUAUUGUGCAUCUCCUGUUUAUACUUGUAUGACAAGACAAGUGAUCAACGCGUAACUGCUGGGAAUUAAGUUAACCUUGGAGUAUUUUGCUAUGACUCUUGACUUCUGCAGACUUUUGAUUGAGCUCUCAGCCAGGUUGUCUUCCACACAAUUGUAUGGAUGAGAUUCUGGGGGCAGGUGUUAACUGUGGAAACCUACUUAGUAUUAAACGUACCUGUCUGAUGGCUACCGACUUUGGAGACAAAGUUUUUAUAUAUUUUUUUUCUGGUCAUUGUUCUUUACAAAAGACCUAAUUGAAUAUAUUUGUCAAAUCAUGUCUCUGGUUUCCCUCUUCUUCUCCCCCGCUAAUUGGACAUGUAUUGUGUUUGUGUGGGAAGGAAGGAGGCUCUAUAGCAGGACAGCAAUAUUGCUGGGAAAAGAACAUUAAAAUGGAUAAAGGGAUUUUCUAGUGGUAUAAAUACCUGCACACGACCUCCCUGUUCUCUGGAGUCCUUCUGUAUAUGUAUAUACAAGUGCAAACACUGGAAUAGAGUUGGAGCUGCCAUUAAUCGAUCAGGACCUGAUCAGUUAGAAAACGGGGAAGGGUGGCUCUUUGCCUUUCACCUGUUUGAGGGCAUGACUUGCCAAGCGUUUGCUUCAUCCGACAAUUUUGUACCCUUGAAUUCUGACUCUUCUCCCUCCCUGCCUCUGAUAAUGCAUCACAGCGCAGCAGAGUGCCUGCCCGUUUCUAACCAUGCGACCAGUGUUGUCUCCACAGUCCCGUCUGUUUUGUCUUUGAUACAAACUCCUAAAUGUUCCCAACUCCAUUUUGCUGUGAUGACUUCGGGAAACGUGUCAGCAGGACUUCACUACUCUGUGCCCUCCUGUCACUAUGGAAAUCAACCCUCUACCUAUGGGGUGAUGACAGGCAUCAAGCCUGCAACUCCAGAGAUGCUAUCAGCAAGUCUCUCCCAGAGUCGCAUCUUACAAACAUGCAGCAUGCCACAUCCCAAUGUAGUAAAUGGUGUCAGCACUUUGCAAAGCAACCUGACUCCUUGCCUUUAUAAGUUCCCUGAGCAUGCCCUGAGUGCCAGCUCUUGUGCCCUGGGCCACAGCUUCACACCCAUGCACCAGACCCUCCUCAGUGAUGAUCCCACAGCUUCAGACUUCAAGCAGGAAUUCCGCAGGAAAAGCAAGUCUGUGGAAGAGCCCGUCGACAUGGAUUCCCCUGAAAUCAGGGAACUGGAGAAAUUUGCUAAUGAAUUCAAACUGCGGAGAAUUAAACUCGGUUAUACACAAACCAACGUUGGUGAAGCACUGGCUGCUGUGCACGGCUCCGAAUUCAGUCAAACUACCAUUUGCCGCUUUGAAAACUUGCAGCUGAGCUUUAAGAAUGCAUGCAAACUGAAAUCAAUACUGUCCAAGUGGCUGGAAGAAGCAGAACAAGUGGGAGCUUUAUACAAUGAAAAAGUUGGUAUGAACGAGAGGAAGAGGAAGCGCAGAACCACCAUAAGUAUUGCUGCCAAAGAAGCCCUGGAGAGGCACUUUGGAGAACAAAGCAAACCUUCUUCUCAGGAAAUCAUGAGGAUGGCUGAGGGGCUUAACCUUGAGAAAGAAGUUGUGAGAGUUUGGUUUUGCAACAGAAGACAAAGGGAAAAAAGAGUGAAGACAAGUCUGCAUCAGAAUGCCUUUAGUUCUAUUAUCAAGGAGCACCACGAGUGCCGGUAAAGCUUUUCCACAUGUAGCUGUGGAUUUCUGUUUUGCUAUAUUUUAAGAACUUUGUUGCUUAAAAAACAAAACAAAACAAAAAAAUGGUAAAACACUUGAUUCCUUUACAAGCUAGACAGCUUCUGAUGCAAUUUGGUAUAGAAGGCCGGAUUUCACUGUAAAAUGUUGAAGAAAAAAAUGCUAUUGCAUAUACCUGAAGUGUUGAAGGCCUAAAUUCAAGGAAGCUAUUAGGCAUCACUCAACCAGAAAUGCUUUAGAAAUAGCACACGUAGUUGCAGUUUCCCUAUGCUGUGCCCUCACAGUCUGCAUUGUACUGAAUGAUUAACAGGGAAUCCCCACUGUAGGUACCCUAAGCAUGAGGAAACAAAUCCUUUGUGUUACUCAUGAAGAAAGGUUACAGUGCUUGUGUCAGCAGCUGUAGCUCAUGAAAGAUUUUUGCCUCAGCCUGUCUACAUACGUGCCAUACCCCCAGCCCAUCUAGCUAUCUAACUGAGCUAACCCUUAUGAGAUGAUGAGCCAUUAGGCACAUUACAUGGUCCCACCCCCAGCAUUGAGCACUGAGUUCACUAAAUUAAACAUCAAAAAGAAGUUAGAACUUCGAGGAAGAGGAGAACAUGAAGAAGUGAUCCUAAGCUUGCAGUGUUGACAGUGUUGAGUAUCUAUUUAUGGCCAACGAUGGGAUCCUGGAGGACUGUCAGUGAAUGUGAGUGAUCCAGGAAGGCAGUAGAGGAAUGUGAGAUGAGGACUGUAAAGCUGCCUUCCAAAAACUGGCUGAUAUUCAGGGACAAGAUCACAGAUGCUGUACAUCUCCGACUGAACUACUUCAAGUAGUCUUGGGUCUUUUCAAAUUGAAGAUAUGAAAGAUGUGCCAUAGCUACUGUCUUUAUUUAUGGUAGAAUAAGCUUACCAAUACUGAGACGUCAACAUGGCUCCUCACAUGUUCUUGGUUUCAGUGUACCACUGCCUUAAACAGGUGCUAAGUUCAAGUGACAUUUUCUAAUGCUAGUUAUAAAAGGUAGUUCCUGCCAAUUCAUUGCAUGCCUUAAGGUUUGGUUUGGGUAGGUUUAGCUAUUGCAUUAAGAGUUUAUGGCUUGAUGGGAAAAAGUAGGGAAUGAUCACUUAAUUAUUACUUCAGACUUUCUCCGCGUUACAUUUUUUUAAGAUUAAAUCCUUUUGUGGACACACUUAAAUGAGAGAGUGUAUUAAGUGAAAAAACAAGGCUUUUUUGCUUUGAAACAAGUAGCCAAAGCAUUUACUGUACUGUAUAUUCCCACUCUCUCUUACACCCCAACAACUGAGAAUAACCCCUUGUCAUCCUGUAGCCUGGAGAGAAAAUCAGGCAAAAAAGAACAAUAAAAACUUACAAAACAACCCCACGACAAUAAGCUAACAAAAACCAGUGACAGUGCCAGAGCUCCACCUAUCAGAAAGCCAGACACCAAGAAACUAAAUUAAGGACUUUAGUACUCACCAGGGACAGAUUAUCAAGCCAUCUCAUCAACCCUGCUUGUUGUUAUUAAAUAGCCCAUUAUCAUAUAUGUAUUUUACACUUUUCCCAGGACUGGAAUUAAGUGAGUACAAGUAAGCAGUAAUGGCCUGAUAAAUUUUAUUUUUCCAUUAAAUAGACCUGAUGAUUUAGAAAAUGUCUAAAUAAU